UUUCUUUCGCUUUGGAUUUUGCAUUUAAAUUAUUUGGUGACUUGGCUUGUCAGCAUUUGUCCACAAGUACAGUAAGUCCUAGCUUAUCGAGCACACCUAAAACAGAUCACAGGAACUGAUAUUCUCAAAGGCAUUGAGCAAUGGCUGGAACAUUGACGGAAGCUUCUAGCACCAAAAUCUUCGGCGGUUAUCAGAAAGUGUUCAAACAUGAAAGCCACCACACUGACUGCACCAUGACGUUUGCAGUCUAUCUGCCACCGCAAGCAGAAGAAGACGGCGCCAAGCUGCCAGUUCUUUACUAUCUCUCCGGGCUGACUUGCACGGAGCAGAACGUUGUGACGAAGUCGGGAUUCCAGCGCUAUGCUGCGGAACAUGGCUUGAUUGUUGUGUGCCCAGAUACUAGCCCAAGGGGAUGUGGCAUUGAGGGAGAAGACGACAGCUGGGACUUUGGUACAGGUGCUGGUUUCUACGUUGAUGCUACUGAGGAGAAGUGGAAGAAGAACUACAACAUGUACUCUUACGUCACCGAGGAGCUGCCAGCCCUGGUGAACAGUAACUUCCCGGUGAAUAUGGAGCGUACUGGUAUUACCGGUCACAGCAUGGGUGGUCACGGUGCUAUCGUCUGCGCACUGAAGAACCCGGGCCUGUAUCAGUCGGUAUCUGCGUUUUCUCCCAUCUGUAAUCCGUGCGACUGUCCCUGGGGCGAGAAGUGCUUCGGCAAUUACCUUGGCUCAGACAAAGAGGCAUGGAAGGCAUAUGAUGCCUGUGAGCUACUGCAGGAGUACAACGGACCGCCGCUAACUCUUCUCGUGGACCAGGGCAAGGCUGACAACUUCCUUGAAGGCCAGCUCAAGCCAGACAACCUUGUUGCAGCAGCUCGCAAGGCUGGAAUGCCGCUGAUUAUGCGACUUCAAGAGGGUUAUGACCACAGCUAUUACUUCAUUGCCUCUUUCAUCGGGGAUCAUUUCCAUCAUCAUGCGAAGGUGCUCAACGAGCCUGCCUAGAGUAAAUGCUUGCCAUUUCUCGUCUUUUCCUGUCCCCUCCUGUGAACUCUUUGUUGUUUGUCAAACUUUGAUGAGCUGCGAGUUCCUCGUCAAACUACCUUGCUAUAUGUACAUUUUAGGGCAAUAUUUGUUAGCUUCUUUCGUAUGUGUAUAUUGCACUCUUUUCCACAUUAAUUUUGAUGUCGAUUUCCUAGGACUUACUUCGAAAUAUUCUCCAUGGCAAUGUGCUUUGCCUCAUUCCCACACUUGAAUUUUUAUCCUGCCUUUCUACUUACCCAUACUUGGGCUCGGUUGCAACGACAUUUUCACGUAGAA